UCUUGUGAGAAAGACGGUAACAUGGAGCAGCACUGGUCAGUUUGGGCACUGGUUUUAGCACUCAGUGCUUUGGUGCACUUUUUUUUUGCUGCAGGUGCUGAUGGCAAUUUAACAACCAAGCCAGGAGUGUGCCCUCGCAGGAACGGCCCAGGACUGUGUGCUGAAUUUUGCUCCAAUGACAAUGACUGCCCCAAUGAUGAGAAGUGCUGCCAUAAUGGAUGUGGACAUGACUGCAUUGUCCCGUACACAGCCAAGCCAGGAGUGUGCCCUCGCAAGAACGGCCCAGGACCCAGCCCAGGACUGUGUGCUGAAUUUUGCUCCAAUGACAAUGACUGCCCCAAUGAUGAGAAGUGCUGCCAUAAUGGAUGUGGACAUGGCUGCAUUGCCCCGUACACUGUCCCGAUUCUUCCCAAACCAGGCCACUGCCCACGCCUUCUUAAUGUUAUCCCAUCACAUAAGGGGUGUGAGUGUGAUGAAGACUGUCCUGCUGACAACAAAUGCUGUGUCUUUGACUGUGGAGCUGUCUGUGUCCCCCCUGCUUUCACCAAGCCAGGAGUGUGCCCUCGCAGGAACUGGGGCUCAGGACUGUGUGCUGAAUAUUGCUCCAAUGACAAUGACUGCCCCAAUGAUGAGAAGUGCUGCCAUAAUGGAUGUGGACAUGAGUGCAUUGCCCCGUACACAGUGAAGCGGGGUCGCUGCGCUCUUCCCCAGGGAACCCCCAUGUGUGCCGAGUACUGCUAUCAUGACGGUCAGUGCCCAGGAGAACAGAAGUGCUGCAAGACAACCUGCGGCCACGCCUGCAGCGAGCCCUGCUGAUUGGACAGCUCGGGAUUCAGCUGCAUGUGGAGAGACAAUGUGUCAUGUUCUCUUUUUCAACUCCAUAAAAGCACCCUUUGGAAGUAUAUCCCAGCAUUGAUUUGCACAAAGUUGGAUUAUUUGGGGAGGAGAGAAAUGUGUCAUUCAAAUAUAGUUAGGAUAUUAUUUUAUGCACCUGUACUUUAAUAACCAAAAUAAAAGUAUUUUACUCUUCAUUUAAAGAAGAGUUGGCAGGGUGCCAUGCAUAGUCUUCACAAACCCUACAUUAUGUUUGCGAUUUUAUCUUAUACUAGAACAUCUGGGUUUUUUACCGGUUUUGAUAUAAUAUCCCUCAUCUCAAUUGAUGAAAAAUGUACUGUACUAGUAUACUGCAAUUCUUUGUAUUUCAACCAAUAAACAUGUUUCCAGAACUUA